UUUCGCACCAAUCAAAGCAUACAACACUGUGUCCAUGGAUGAAGUUUUAUAGGUUGUGGUUGCUAGCAACUUUCACUACCACAAACUUUGAUUCAUCAAGCAUCAUCUGGUGAUUGCAGGAAAUACAGUAAUCAUGACGGAGAGAAAGGCCGUAAUCAAGAAUGCAGAUAUGUCUGAAGACAUGCAGCAGGAUUGUGUUGACUGUGCAACAACAGCUUUAGAGAAAUACAACAUUGAAAAGGACAUUGCUGCCUACAUCAAAAAGGAGUUUGACAAAAAGUACAACCCAACCUGGCAUUGCAUUGUUGGACGUAACUUUGGGAGUUACGUGACGCACGAGACGAAACACUUUAUUUACUUCUAUCUUGGACAAGUUGCCAUCCUGCUCUUUAAAUCUGGUUAGCCUCGGAAUUGGACAUUGAAUUCAUAUCAAACGUGCUAUAUAUCAGCUGCAUAAUAGACAAUUUCAUAUUGCUUUCAUGGACGUAUUCAUUGAACACUUCAGAUGACCUACAGCGGAGUCGGCAGAUAUUGAAAGGCCUAUUGUGAUUGUUACGUCAUACACACAACAAUUGCUAGAGAUAGUUUUUAUUGAUAAAUUUAUUACAUUGCUUUUUGUUAUAAUUUUAUUACUAUGACAUAGGAUCUUUGUUAUUUACUUUUUACUAUAUAUUAAUAAAAAAUAUUGUUGAAAUAAA